GGCGGCGGCAGCACUUCCGGCGCGAGCUCGCGCCUCACUUCACUCUCUCUCUCUCUGCGAGGCUCGAGCAAAAUGGAUGGUCGUUACCCGGGGUCGUAUGGAAAUUGGAACUCAGGAGCUGCUGGCGAAGGAUAUGAAGGGUUUGUACCUUUCGAGUCCUACGACUCCAGGUCUUCACUGGAUGACCGUGAUCUCUUCAGAUCCGGCUUUGAUUACAGUGAAUAUGGACCUAAUCGUAAUGAUUCCUAUGGAGGUCGCUUUGACCGCUACGACAACCCCUACAGGAACCGGAGGGAUCAGUUCCGCAACAGAGCACGCGACGGCUCCGGUAGGCAUCGGGGCCAGAACUGGUCUAGAGACUGGCUUCCCAAUAACAGAUCCUUCCGGAACGACCCCUACUCGUCGUCUUCAAGUUCCGAGCGACUGUCAGCGCGCUGGAAUGAGCUGUCGAUGGGAUUCGGAGGCCGGGGCUUUAAUCCCGCCUCCAGGAACCUCCCUUCGCUCUUCUCCCAGGCCUUAACCUCUGGUUUCGGGCUGUACGGCUUUCAGGGGAAACAGUACGGAGGUCUGAGGAUGCGAAGGAGAGAGCGGAAUCGAAACAAAAUUAGAGGUAGAGGUAGAGGUGUUGGCCGUGAAAUGGGACUUGGAAGGAAGAGGAAGCAAUCAACUGGAAGCAAUGAUGAACCGGAUGGCAAAAUGUCCAAAACAGACCAGUCGGAUGACUCUGACAGCGAAGAUGACAAAGAUGCUGGAGACAUGGAUGCUGAGGGAGACGGGGAUGGUGAAGGAGAUGGAGAAGGGGAAGGCGAUGGGGAAGGAGAUGGGGAUGAGAUGGAAGAUGCUGCAGGAGGCGAUGUCAGCGCUAAUGCCGAGGAUAAGGAUUCAAGUGAGAGCCCCGAAAAGGAGAAAAAAGAAAAUGAUUCAGAAGGAAAAGAUGCCGAAGCCAAGAAACCCACUGAUGCACAAGACGAGACUGGUGAAAGCAAAAAGAAGCCACAAGCCAAGAAGGACAAGCCAAAGAAGAAGCAGCGAACAGAAAGAACUGACUACGCUUUCUGUUACUCCAGGAUUAUGUACGUCUGUUCAGUUUGCAAGUUCCGUACAUUUGAAGAUGAAGAAAUUUUCCCUCAUUUGGAAAGCAAAUUUCAUAAGGAAAACUUCAAAUUCAUUGCGACCAAACUCCCCAAAGAAACGGUUGACUUUUUGCAUGAAUACAUUGUAAACAAGAUUAAAAAAACGCUGAAAUUUCGCGAGUCGAUGGAGGAUAAAAGCGUGAUUAAAAAGCGGCUUCAGGAACAAGACCUGCUCCACGGUGUUGGUCUUGACAACUUCAUGAAGAAGGUGGAAGCUGUUCACUGCACGGCUUGUGAAAUGUUCAUUCCAAUGCAGACCAAUGCCAUCCAGCGGCACAUAAAGACGCCCGACCACAACAGGAACAGAAAAUUUAUGCUUGAACAGACGAGAAAGACUUGCCUGCAAGUGGCUAAGAGUAUACUCAACAACCGUAACAUUGUCAAGAUGUUGGAACGAUACCUCAAGGGUGAGAAUCCAUUCACUGAAGAAGGAGAGACUAAAGAGGAGGCCGAGGAAGGAGCUGAAGACACUACAGAAGGCGACGCACCCAACGAGAGUGCCGCAGGUGAUACCGAUGGUGCGAAGAAAGAGGAGCCCGCUGGAGCGGCAGGGGGAGAGGGGACUGAAGGGGAGACGGUGGCAGAGUCGAAGGCCAGAGUCAGUGCGGGGGAGACGGGGUCAGGGCAAGACGAGAAGGAAGCCGCUGCCGCUGAUGAAGACAUGGAGGCAGACGCGGCUGUCGCUCAGGGGCCUGAGGAGUCUCUGGCAGCAGGAAAGGGCAGUGAAGACGCCCUCGGGGAUGAAGAUAAGCUGCUGGAAGCAGCUGACGGGGCAUCUCCAGAAACCGAAGGUGUACCCGAAAGCGAUGGGGCUAAAGACUUAGAAUAAUGUGUUGCUGUACAGAUGUAUGCUCGGCUCCCUCCUUCCCCUCCCCUUCUUAAACCCUUCCCCCAGCAUUAAAUCCUGUGCAAGUGCAGUGUGUGCGUGUGUGUGUCUGAAUUGAAGCAAUGUUCUUUUAGCCUCCCUCCCCGUAGGGUCUCAUUUAGCCCCAAACCGUCCCUUGGUUGGAGACAAUUCCGCGUCGCUCACACACAAACCAGGCCGAGGAGUGGCUCUUCUGCUUCGUAGCUUCCAGUCUGUUAUUAAAUAGUUUUUAUGUGAAAUGCUGAUUCUUCUUCCGUGAAAGUGGUUUGUGAGUACGUUUGCCUCCUGUUUAACUUUUUUUUAAAAAAUCUCGCCUAGUAAGUGACAUUGGUGCGCGUGCGCGGUGCUCGCGUGUGUCGGCGCCAGCGAUUCAGAACGAACGGAACGUUCGGUGUGAAACGCUGAUGUUUUCGAGGAAGUCUGCGGGUGAGGUUAUAUAAACACUCGCCCUAAACAACGGUAGCGAUGUUUCACUGCGUAUGAAGGCUAUAGUUCCCUGCUCUAGUUAGCGCGGCGUGUGACUGUUCGAAACAGCGCUUCUGUCCUUAUUCUUUUGGAUUGAAGACGUUUUAAAAACAAAAUGGGGAAAUUAACAGAAAUGGUUAGGUAGGGCCAGGAUUAUUUUUUUUUUUUCUGUCGCAUGCUUUUGCUAGUGUCUGGAACUGCCUUAAAUAGUGAGCAGCAGUCGAUCUAUAGUGUAAAAAAUUUGCCGGUUCCGAGGGUCCGAGACGGGAGUGUGCGUCGUUGCAGAGGGAACGUGGCAGAACAGGCGUUUUCGGUUGAGAUUUUUGACUAAAGUUCAGUACAAUUUCCAUGUUGUGAGUUUUGCAUUCGGUGUUUUUUUUGGUGAUACCAUCCUGGGUAUUGGCAGAAUGUGAUGUUGUGUUUUUUUUUUGUUUUACCACAGGAAAGAGUGUCAUUGCUUAACUUCUGGAAAUGAUUGUACAAUAACCUCCAUUAAACCUUUUUAUAAAUGUUA